AUGCGACGUGUCAGUGCUCUCUCAAUAUGCUCCUUUUGCUUUUUGGUUUAUUCCGAAGGUUUUACCGGCAUUUUAUCGCGGGACGCCGUUGCACAAUGCAGAUUGCCUCUCUUCGCCACCAGGGACCAAAGUUCGCUGACUUUUCGCUGCGACAUUCAAUACACAUCAGAGGUGCUACCGGAAUGCGGAAAAGAGGAGGCUGCUGCGUUUCUGUUCCGACCCGAAACACGUGAUCUUUUGCUGAGUGCCGGUGGCUCCCGCCUGGUCAAGGAAGUGCUCGUUACUCCAGAGAUCAAAGGCAUGUGGGUGGAAGCUUGCCAAAGGUACUACAGUCAGGAAGACUUUCCAGAAAAGGGGGACAAAGUCAUGGUAGUGGGAACCGAGAUAAAGUUUCCUGGAUUGAAACUGAUGAUCAAAGCUUUGAGUGGCGUAAAAGCCUACUCAACUGACGACGGAUUGUACAUAUACAAGUUCUACAGUAUUGCCGAAAAGCAGCAAGUAGAGGGAGCAUUGCCGGUAGUUUGGCUAUUCAACCAAAUAACGGGAGCCAAGGACAAGCCUAAUGGAUUUGGCCCCUCCAACGCCUGGUCCAAGACUUGUGUCUCAAUUGUAGAGCUUGGCGCUGGAACUGCUUACAACUUUGACUGCACUUUUGAAAUCAAAAUGCAAUUUCCCGCUACUCUUCUGCGACUCCUCCCAGCGUCGAAGGAAAUGGUAGAAGAGCAAUCAAGUAUUACAAUACGGAACACCCUAUUCAAGGACAUUGUUAAAGCCGUUGAUGCUUCACACAAAGCUUUUUCUCAAAGGUGUGAUUCGACUCUUAAAGUUUAA